GAACCAAAUCAUUUCUGUCAACAUAGUCUGAACUUCAUACCUGGUUGACGUUUUGCCAUCCUCUGUCCUCAUAUUUAAUUAACUGGUGGAAAUGUUUCGCGGCUGUGUGACGCUGUGGCGCCUGCCGAAGCUCCUCCAAACGCCUCUCAGUGCCGGGGGCCUCUCCAACCUGGUGCAGCGGGAGAUGUCCACGCUUCCUCGGGUGUACGUCACCCGACAGAUUCCUCCUGACGGUCUGAAGAUCCUCCGGGAAUCUGGACAGGUCCAGUUUGAGCUGUGGGACUCGGACGACGUCCCUGUCCCCAGAAAGGAGCUUCUUGAGAAAGUGAAAGGCGUGGAUGCUUUGCUCUGCGUGCUCACAGAGAAGAUUGACGCUGAGCUGUUGGAUGCAGCAGGACCGAACUUGAAGGUGCUCAGCACGAUGUCUGUGGGGUUUGACCAUCUCAGUUUGGAGGAGCUGAAGAAAAGGGGGAUCCGUGUGGGCUACACCCCUGAAGUGCUGACUGAUGCUGUGGCUGAACUCACUGUUGCUCUUCUGCUCACCACCUCCAGGAGGCUCAUCGAAGCCACACAUGAAGCCAAGACCGGUGGGUGGGGCACCUGGAGGACUCUGUGGUUGUGUGGUUACGAACUAGCCAACAGCACGGUGGGCAUUUUCGGCCUGGGGAGAAUUGGUGUGGCCAUCGCGGAGCGUCUAGCUCCCUUUAAGGUCAAAAAGUUCAUCUACACAGACAUAGAACCCAGACCGGAGCUGGCCAGCGCCAUCAAUGCAGAGUUUGUGUCUAUGGACGAGCUUGCCCGGCAGUCGGACUUCCUAACCAUGUGCUGCGCUUUAACACCGGAGACAGAGAAGAUCUGCAACAAGGACCUCUUCUCAAAGAUGAAGAAGACCUCCAUCUUCAUCAACACGAGCAGAGGUGGGGUGGUGAACCAGGAUGACCUGUAUGAAGCACUCUCCACUGGCCAAAUUGCAGCGGCGGGUCUUGAUGUCACAGUCCCUGAACCACUACCCACCAGUCACCCACUCUUCACCCUUAAGAACUGUGUGAUCCUGCCUCACAUUGCUAGCGCCUCUUAUACAACCCGCAAUGCAAUGUCCGCCCUGGCAGCCAACAACUUGCUUCUUGGAUUGAAAGGGCAGCCAAUGAUCAAGGAACUAAAACUGUGAGAAAAAUACAAAUAAACUGUUCAACUAGUGAUUUUGAAGAAGGAAAAAAAAACUUACAACAGAGAUGAGCUU